AUGGGAAAUGGUACCAUUUAUUUAUAUUUAAAAGAUGCUUUGAGCUCCUGCACAAAAAAAUCGAAAUCGUCCUUAACUUUGAGGGAAUCCAAUUUAACAAUAAGGAGACAGUUCAAUUAAACUACAUGUUCGAUCUUGUAGGGAGAUAUAUUUGUUAGUGGAUUAAAUAUAGUGAAUUGUUCAUAUGAGCCUGCUGAUUCGUUAAUCGUUAAACAAGAUCAGAAUAUCAAAAAGAAAUAGAGGGAUGAGAUCAGAGCAAUGCAUGUAGGUGACGUUAUUUUAACAGAAAGAUAGAAUCUUUAUCUACUUCAUGCUAAAUUACCGAUGUAUUCCGAGGUUAAAGAUUUAUAAAAAGUGUAUUCAACUUAUGAAAAAUGUUUGCAAGUUGCAGAAGAGAAUAUUUUGUCAGAAAUCACUUUUACUGAAUAAAAUGCUUUAAAUUUUACUAUCCCAAAAUAGUACAAUGCAGAAUGCUUAAUCAGAAGUAUCAUAAAUCAUAUAAGUUUAAAUCCUUAAACGAAUUUAAAAUAAAUUAAUUUUCUAAGUAACGAUUAUACUACAAUCAACAUUUUUAAACUAGAAUUGGAUAAUAUCUUGGAAGAAAUGAAGGUACCCAAUUUGGCAGAGAAAAAUAGAAAAACAUUUCUUGAGUUUUUAAACUCUACAAAUUGUGAAGAAGCUCCAUAUUUCCUAAGUACUGGGUUAACAACAAGUUUUGUUCAUCUGGCUGAGAAAAGCACAGAAUGA